AUGCUUAAGCGCAACCCCCUGGGCAACCUCUACGGUGCUGAUGGCGAGACAAUAUUCCACAACCACAUCUGUCUUAAGCUGAAAGAGUAUGAUGCACACAAGUUUCAGCAUUUGGGUCAGAAGGAAGGAGGAAAAGAUAAUAAGAUAACACAGUGCGUCAAGCAGCUUAUGUCGAUAGAGAAACAGACUCUAGUCCAAAAGGUUGCAAAAAGAGAGGAUCCAGACUCAGAGACUAUAAAGACGAUUACGAGCCGUAAAGACUGCAUGUCUGUGAAUCUUUAUAUGAAGAUCUCAAUGGAUGAUGAGGUGGAGUUAACACGAUCAAAGGCGCUUAAUGAUGAGAUUCAGCGUCAGAAGGGCGCUAAAGAUAAAGAAAGGCGACGCAAGGAACAUGAAGAAGAGGAAGCGGUUCGCAACAACACUGUCGAGGAGGAGGAGACGCGACGCAAGGCAAGCGAGGAAGAACAAGCCGCUCACAAGAAGGCUGCUGAAGAUGAGGAGAGACGCAGGAAGGAACUCGAAACCAUAUCUCAAAAGGCACUUGAAGAAGCGGAAGCAUCCAAGUCUGAAGAAGAGUCCGAGGAAGAUGUUGAUGAUGUUGUGGAAGACGAGGAGUGGCUCGUUAGUUAUGACGACAGAGGCCUACCACCUGUGUGA